CCAAAUUUGAGUAAAGUAUUUUAGGGUUUUUCUGCGACAUUUUUGCACUAUUUUUGCUUUGACAGGCAAGUUAACAUGGACGUAGUGGAUACUCAUGGGGAAGGGUUGAGUGAUUUUCAUCAUAAGCUUACCGCUAAGAUUCUCCAGGAUGAAGUGUUGCGUAAUCUUCGGCCGAUGUUUCCUCAUCUUGGGGAGAAUACCAUCCGAGAUAUUGUCGCCCAUCAGAGCGCGCUCCUGAAUCAAACACUUGAUCAGGUCAGUCUUACUAAUAGCUGCGUCGAUGUACUCCUUGACACCAGGGCAAUUCAACAGGAGAACAGUCCCAUCCCAAGGGACUACAUCGAUCUCACUCAAUUCGAAGAUUGUUCAGGUGUUGUCAAACUCAACUUUGCCAUCAACACCCUUGAUGAUACACCUGCCGGAAACGUCUCCAUUGUCGAUCUCAUAACAGAUGAAUCGUCUAUGAAUUCUUCAAACAACCCCCCAGUGAAUUCAAUCUCCAGCAACAGCCCAAAUGCACUGAUCUCAGAACCUUCUCCUCAAAGAACAAACAUUUCCGAUAUCUCGAUAGAGAGCGUCUCUGGUGAUCUCCAACAAAGUCCUAAAGAUGGUUGCCUCAUUUCUCCUAACGCCGUCUCCACGCCGGUUAGAUUUCAGCCGGCUACCUUCAAAACUACUCCUAUAGGAGGCAGGAAUGUACACCCCUCGGUUGCUAAGACACCUAACAUGAGGUCGGCAGACGAUCAUUACGAUGGCCAGCAUCAUCGGGCAAAGAGUUCCAAGGCCCCCUCAACAAUGUCAAGAUGCCCAUGUGAUGACUGCAAGACGAAUCCAUCCUCACACGGGCAUCACCACUCAUCUUUAAGUCAUAAUGGAGACGGAGAAAGACAUCAUUCGACACCCGGAGUAGGUGGGCAUUCCUCGCCAUCGAUCUUCACCUCAACUCAUGCCUCAAGUUCCAUCGGUAGCGAGAGUAAACCACCGUUGCAGUCAUCAGGAACAUCUCACCUUGGUAGUGGCAUCUCAACCAGUGCGUCCAUGAAUAGUACAACCACAGGCAACACCAGAGUCACCUCUGGUACAAGCACGGCUGAGUCGCCGACUGACUCUAAAAGACCACCAGUCCGGAUAUCGUCUCCUGAAGGGGACCUUAUGAAAGCUAGACUUAACAGUUUGAAUGAAGCAAUAUUGAAGCUUUCCAAGAUGAGCAAGAACCCUCGUAAAAUUCAGCCUAGACUAGGGACCUCAUCCCCUGUCACUACAACGUCAGUGCCUGUUACUGGUAAUACCACAGCUAUACCAGGCUUCCAAAAGGCUUCUACAUUUGCUUCAAGCCAAGUCACUAAGCAGCCGGAAACUGCUCAGGUCAAUAGCAACAGCAAUAAUGUAUCAAUCUAUAAUAAACAGGAUGUGAACAGGACUGGUAUCCUAAACCCAGGAACGGCCAGCACCAUCAGUCCAACGAACCCUGGUUUGAUCCGAGAGAAGAAGCCUAGAUAUCCAACAAGUUCAAGUACCACUGGACCUCUUCCAUCAACCCCCAACUCACUCAGCUCUACAGGUAUUCACAGGAUGUAUAAAUCCCCAUCCUCAACCUCCUUCCCAAACCGAAAUCAAAGUGCUUCUCAAUUGAGACCCACAUUCGAGCAACCACGUUUUCCAUUAAGGCAACCCAUUAAGUUCGGUCAAAUGGCAUCAGUGGGUGCACCAGCAAGCAAUCAGAAUCCAGGAAUUCAUCAUCGUUAUCAUCAGGGACAGACUGCCUUUGCAACACCAGUUUCAACAAACUCACAGUCUUUAUCUAAGCCAGCUACUGUGGGUAGUAGGCUUGAUUCAGAGCCAAGAACUACAGUGCCUUCUGUACAAACUUUUCAUAAGCCAGCGACAGUUGGCCAAGUAAGCAGACAAAAGACAUCCCCUAAUCAGGCUCCUCUGGAUAGACCUGAUUCAGGACCAAGAUCUACAGCACCUUCUGUUCGACCUGCUGUGCACUUUUGCCAAAGAGCAUCUGCAAGUACAUCUGUGUACAAUGCCUCCGAACCCAUGCCAACAGUAAAGGUACUUCCUGCCACCAGCUCCCAUCCUUCCCCUGGCCUAAAAAAUCAACAGCAACACUAUGCACAGGCUCACACUUCUUCUUCUGCCACCAAGGAGCAGGAACCAAGUUCAUCUCAAACGCCUGCUUCUAGGCAUGUUCCCCAGCCCCAGGUACUUAAUACAUGGCCAAAUAGAACGGAGCAGCUCAUCAUGCCCAAGCCCCCAGUCAAAGCCCAACCAGCCAUGACGCAGCAACAACAGUGGCAGCCUCCAUUCCCAGCCCAAGCCCAACCAACGGCAACCGUGCCACUGCCUCUAGACCAAGCUUCGCCAGCCAUGGUACAUCAACUGCAAGUUGGAUUCCAAGUCCCACCAGCCAUGACUCAGCCAACCAUGGAACAUCAACUGCAAGCCCAAGCCCCACCAGCCUUGCCAGCUCAGCCCCUAGCCCCACCAGCUCAGCCAGCUGUUGUGCAUCAACCACCAACCCAACCCCAGGCCCCUCCAGCCAUGGUUCAGCCAGCCAUGGAGCGUCGACUGCAAGCCCAAGCCCCACCAGCCUUGCCAGCUCAGCCCCUAGCCCCACCAGCUCAGCCAGCUGUUGUGCAUCAACCACCAACCCGACCCCAGGCCCCUCCAGCCAUGGUUCAGCCAGCCAUGGAGCGUCAACCACCAGCCCAAGCCCUAGCACCACCAGCUCAGCCAGCUGUGGUGCAUCAACCACAAGCCAGACCCCAGGCCCCUCCAGUCAUGGUUCAGCCAGCCAUGGAGCAUCAACCACCACCACCACCAGCCCCAGCCCAACCACUUGCAGCCCAGGCCCAACCAGAACCAGCCCAGGUCCAACCACCACCAGCUCAGCCAGCUAGGAUACAUCAAGCUCCACCAGUCCAAGCCCCGCCAGUUCCGGUUCAGCCAGCUAUGGUGCAUCAACCACCAGCCAUGGUGGAUCAGCCUCAGAUUCCAGUCACUGUCCACAACUUUGACCUGAUGGCAGCAGAGGUGAUGACAAUGUUCCCAGAUGUCGAGCCAGGAUACGUCUUGACAAAACUGAGGGAGUUUCAAGACCAUCCUACACCUAACCAUUUGAUGUGUAAUCACCUACUGGAGGAUGCAAACUACCCCAAGGUCAAAAAGCCAGAUGUACACAAGACACCCAGCACAAAUGAAAAGAUAUCUAAGGGCAGAGGAGAUUACAUAAAGGACUACUAUAAGCUAAAGACAUUUACCCCGUAUCAAGAUGUGAUGUUUCACCUUCAGACUGUCUUCACAAUGUUGUCCUUGGACUCAAUACGACAUGUGCUCAGUCUUCACUUUCAUCACUACGCGCCUACACGAGUUUGUCUGGAAGAGAUUUUACUUACAAACGAGGCGAUACGAAACAUCUUGACACGACCAAAGAACGUUGCAAAUGAUCAACGUAAAGUCAAGGUGAAGAUCACAACAAAAGACAGAGAGGGGAAGCCAGUGAAGAAUCACAUUACCAUUCAGGUAUUAAAAGGACGGAGAAACGUGGGUAGCGGAAGGGUGGCAGAUCGAGAUCUUCAGAAAGAAAUCGAGUAUUAUAAGGAGUAUACUAAGAACAGCGCUGUGGAGAAGGAUUUGAUGUUUGCGCUAAGCAUGAAUGAGAAUGAGUAUGAAACGGAGGGUCAGUUGAUCGAGUGUGGAUGCUGCUACGCCGAAGUACCCUUUGAAAAUAUGGUGCAAUGCCUGGAUGGGCAUCUCUUCUGCUCAACGUGUCUUCAGAGUUACGCCCAGCAAGCCGUAUACGGACAGGGCAAGGCGCUGUUGAUGUGCAUGACGGACGGCUGUGACAGUUCCUAUCCAAGAGUUCAAUUAGAGAAGUGCCUGAAGUCCAAAGAUCUAGUGAAGUACGAUGAACGUGUACAAGAGGAGUGUAUCCAACUGGCUGACAUAGAGGGCUUCGUUAAAUGUCCGAGCUGUGACUUUGGGGCCCUCUUGGACCCGGGAGAUAAGGUCUUCAAGUGCCAGAAAAGCGAUUGCAUGAAGGAGUCUUGUCGACUUUGCGGUGGGGAUUGGGCGGAACACUUCGGGAAAAGAUGCGAGGAGAUUGAGCAGAAGAAUGAGACCAGCCUCAGACUCUCUUAUGAGGAGCGAAUGUCUCAGGCUCAGAUCAGAACGUGCAAUCGAUGUAAGACGGGAAUCAUGAAGGACCAAGGCUGUAACAAGAUGACGUGUCGUUGUGGAAGCAAGAUGUGUUAUAUCUGUCGUCAGCCCAACAUUGAUUACAGUCACUUCUGUGCCCAUGUACGGAACCCCGGCGAGGGAUGUUCCAAAUGUGUAAAGUGCUCUCUGUGGACUGAUCCUGUGGAGGAUGAUAAAAGAGCUGUCAAGGAGUUGGAGAAGGAAUUACAAAUAGAAAAAGGGAAGAUGAAUCAAGCCAAAGAAUCUCGAGACCUGUCAACUCCAAUCGAUCUAGACGGACCGGAGGCAAAAAGGCAGCGAGUCGUCUGACCUCAUCUUGAGACGAGAUCGUUGUCUUCUUACCAUAAAAAUGCCUUCAGUUUAGUCCAGUAUAACUUGCCAAUAUCGCAGUGUCAGGGACGGUUUGACAUUUGUAUUUGAGAAGUGCAAGAUCGUUCUGAUUUGCCAGGGUUAAUAAUCAAACAUUUUGUUUGCUUACGACCAGCCAGUCAAAUAUUCUUGACUGUUGUUGUUGUUUACAUUCCUGUAUUCCUGUAUUUUUUCACUUUUUUGUUUUUUUACACAUACAUAAAUCCUCCCAUGGUGUGACCACUCAAUACCACACUGUGUGGUUUAUAUGAAUAGUGGAUUGUCUAUACCAGUCUGUAAACUAUGCCAGCCUAGAAUAUGACAUUGUUUGGUGAAUGCAUCUACUCAGUAAGUAGUCAACCCUCCCACUGUUAGACCACUCAAGAUCAUACACUGCGGUGUUGAAUGAUGAACUAUGCCAGCCUGGAAUAUGACAUUGUUUGGUGAAUGCAUCUACUCAGUAAAUAGUCAACCCUCCCACUGUUAGACCACUCAAGAUCAUACACUGCGGUGUUGAAUGAUAAACUAUGCCAGCCUGGAAUAUGACAUUGUUUUGUGAGUGCAUCUUCUCAGUAAAUAGUCAACCCUCCCACUGUUAGACCACUCAACAUCAUACACUGUGGUGUUGAAUGAUAAACUAUGCCAGCCUGGAAUAUGACAUUGUUUGUUGAGUGCAUCUUCUCAGUAAACAGUUAACCCUCCCACUGUUAGACCACUCAACAUCAUCCACUGUGGUGUUGAAUGAUAAACUAUGCCAGCCUGGAAUAUGACAUUGUUUGGUUAGUGCAUCUUCUCAGUAAACAGUUAACCCUCCAAAUGUCAGACCAUAAGCCUUUUUGAGAUAUGGCGGACACAAUGCUACAACACUGUGAAGUUGUGGUA